CACCGGCCGUGAGGCAUUGUGGGAGAAGAUGGCGGCCGCCGUCCGCUUUCGGGUUGUUAGAGCGCUUCCAAUGUCACGUCCUGCCAUUACUGCAGCAGCCACGUCUGUGUUCUGCGGCUCAUCCCAUCGCCAGCUUCACCAUGCUGUCAUACCUCACGGGAAAGGUGGCCGCUCAUCUGUCAGUGGAGUUGUGGCCACUGUGUUUGGAGCUACAGGAUUCCUGGGUCGAUACGUUGUUAACCACCUUGGACGAAUGGGGUCACAAGUGAUCAUACCGUAUCGGUGUGAUAUAUAUGACACCAUGCAUCUUCGUCUAAUGGGUGACCUGGGCCAGAUUACUUUUCUGGAAUGGGACGCACGAGACAGAGAUUCUAUCAGGAAAGCAGUGCAGCACAGCAACGUGGUCAUCAAUCUUAUUGGGCGGGAGUGGGAAACCAGGUAAUACUGAUUUGAGUGUUGUUUUCUCUGUGUAGCCCAGGCUAUGUCCCAAAGGAGCAAGGAUAGUGGGGUGGUGCAGCUGAGCAGUACUUGUAGCUAGCAACACUUAAUUGCCGACAUCAGAGAGCUGAAUGAAAGGCACUGUAGAGGUAAAGCGGUGGGAGAGAAGGAAGUGAGAAGUGUGUUUCCUGAAGCCAUAAUCAUACGGCCGUCUGACAUCUUCGGAAGGGAGGACAGGUUCCUCAAUCACUUUGCAAAUCAUCGUUGGUUUCUUGCUGUGCCUCUCGUUUCUUUGGGCUUUAAGACAGUGAAGCAGCCAGUGUAUGUUGCAGAUGUUUCCAAGGGGAUUGUUAAUGCGACUAAAGAUCCAGAUGCCAUAGGAAAAACCUUUGCCUUCACUGGGCCAAAUCGGUACCUGCUCUUCCAUUUGGUGAAGUACAUCUUUGGCAUGACCCAUCGGACCUUCAUCCCUUACCCUUUGCCACUAUUUGUGUAUAGCUGGAUUGGCAAACUCUUUGGGCUGAGUCCAUUUGAGCCCUGGACAACGAAGGACAAGGUGGAGCGGAUACAUAUCUCAGACGUGAUGCCGACCGACCUGCCUGGCCUGGAAGAUCUUGGCGUUCAGCCCACACCACUGGAGCUCAAGUCCAUUGAGGUGCUACGGCGGCAUCGCACUUACCGAUGGCUGUCUUCUGAGAUCGAGGAAACCAAGCCUGCCAAGACAGUCAACUAUUAGUGUCACCCAGGUCACCUGUGUGCUCUAGAGAGUCUUGUACACAGUAAAAAAGUCGCUCUAUUAAAUCUCCGAGGAUUCGGUC